AUGUCGAACAACUCGCCCUCAACACCCGUCAAGGUGCCCUCCAGCGCCGCAAACCACACACAGGCUACUUUGGACCAGGAUCUGCGCUCACAGAUCAAUACUGUUCUGCUACGCGACGGCCACGUUUCCAAAAUACAAGAUGCCCUCCUGCACGCUCUGAAUUCGCACUCUACAAACUGGCCCACCACGAUCCAAUCGCAUGCGCUCUCUCUUCUACGCUCUGGUGAAGUCGUCACCUUUCCAGCCCUUCUCAGUCGCGUCCUCGAAGAUGUCCGCCACGACUCGGCCCUCAACCCUGCAUCCUCGAGCUCCAACGGCAAUAGCGCUAAGACCGCGACCAACGGCGACGCUCCUAAGACCAACGGUGCCACGGAUGUUAAACCCAGUCUUGCUGUUCCAGAGUCCGUGGUCGAGGAAGCUCUUCGCGUCACCAGAGAGAGUUUGGAAGCGGUUUGCGAGAUCGAAGAGGAAGGAUCCGCCUAG